GGCUUCUCAAAAGCUCCACAAAGGUCAAAAAUUUAAAAGAUCAUCGGCAAAAAAAUACCCAGAAAAUAAAGAGCUCAAGAAUGUGAAAAAUGCAACAGAUAGAGAAGAUUCAAACUUAAAACUUAUGGAUGAGGAUAAAUCUCUCGCUAAAAAAAGGAACAUUUUGGAACAUGAGUUGAAAAAUGUCAAAACUCCAACAGAUAAAAAAGAUUCAAACUCAAAACUCUUGGAUGAAAAUAUCAAACCAUUGACUUCGCAACAGCUCCAUAAAGCUCCAAAAUUAAAUAUGUCAACGGAUAAAAAAGGGAAAAUAUUUAAACAAUCCAAAAAUGCAGCGUUAAAGAAUGUCAAAAAUGCAGAAGGUGAAGGAGAUUCAAGGCACUCCUCGUCCUUAUCUCAGUUUUCUUGGAAAAGCGACAGUGAACUAUAUAACAAAAACAUAAAAAUUGCACAGAGAAAGAAAAACGAAUCUAAAAGUGGCCAUUUUAGCUCGCAUGCAAUAUUGAAAAAGUCAAAAUCCAGUGGAAGCCAUUUUAGCUCGCAUGCAAUAUUAAAAAAGUCAAAAUCCAGUGGUAGCCAUUUUAGCUCGCAUGCAAUAUUAAAGAAGUCAAAUUCGGGUGCAAGAUUCAAGAGCCCAAGAGAAUCAAACUCUGGGGAGCUGAGACAGAAUUUCAUUGCUAGGAAAAGGUCUAGCUCUUUGGUUAGACUGCGACCGCCAAAAAGCUAUGAAUACAUUCGCCGAGUCAUGAAGGGCAUGUCUGUAAGCGAUCCGUCAUUUGGAAGUUUAAAGAAGAAACAAAUCAAUUCGACCUUGUCAAUCUACAGAGGUGAGACCAACAGAUCGCAUUAUGGUGUUCCAAGUCAGGAAAUCCGUAGAAGUGAGGUACUUGGAGGCGAUCACCACGGAUGGCCCCUUAAUGUUAAACAGCAUAUAGCAUACGUAAAUCCUAUAAAGCAAAACAGCAUAAAACCACAUCAGUUAAACACAAAAACGCACCAUAAAACGGCAGAGAAAGAACAUGAUUUCGAUUUGGCCCGUAACUCAGAUGUUGCUGUGGAAUCCAAACCUAUUAUAUUUUUAAAGAAGCCCGAUCAGGAAACUCUACUUAGCUCAAAAUUCGAUGUUUCAGUCUCUGACCUUGAAGUCAGUUUGAGUUACGAAUCGAAACCUCUGGUCAUUGCCGAUCUGAUAUCCAAGUUUAUGGAGUCUUACGGCUCGGAAAUGGGUUUAUUUCAAACAUGCCCGGAUUUGUUUAAAAUCAAUGAGCUGGAUGGGGUUUUCAUUGAGACUGUCAUUAACCCAAUUAAACCCAAAGGGCGCAAGAAAACAAGGAAACACAAGGUUAAGAAAGUAAAGGAAAGUAAAGUCAGGGAAGUCAAGAAAAUGCCUUCGAAGCCCUUCAAGAUCGCCUGCUCCUUGUGCAAUUUGGUCAGAAGAAGGCAAUCCGAACUGCGGCCCUAUAUGCAGCGAAUGCAAAAGCAACGCCAGCGAUUGGAACUCAGGACCUAUUACAUCCAGAAUCUGCUGAAAUGUCGGCGGGAUCAACAGCAGGAUGUCCAGGAGCGGAAAAGAACCUCUGCCCGCGAGGUGCUAACCAGAUGCUAUCAAACACUGAACUUGUGUCAGCAGAUCCUGGAACAGAGACAAUUAAACAAAUGUCAGCCUCAAUAA